GCGCCCCGUGUCUGUGUACGUGCUGGCUCCCGAUGCUCGUAUUUCCCGUUGACCCGCGUUCCCGCGGCCCCGAUUCAUACACUGCGCGAUGGCGGAGGGAGGCGGAUCCGAACCGGGUAGCGGGGUCGAGCCCGACUCCGAACCGGUACCUGUACAGGCACCUAUACCUGCUUCCGACAUCCAAAAACAAAUCGUGGGAACCUUGCUUAAAACUCUGCUCCGCAAGGGCGACAAAUGGUUUCUGAUUGAUAGUCGCUGGUUUAAGCAAUGGAAGAAGUAUGUGGGCUUUGACAGCUGGGACAUGUACAAUGUGGGGGAGCAAACGUUGUAUCCUGGGCCCAUUGAUAAUUCAGGGCUAUUCUCAGACCCCGAGAAGCAGACUCUGAAAGAACACCUAAUAGACGAGCUAGACUAUGUUCUGGUGCCUACUGAGGCCUGGCACAAGCUCAUGAGCUGGUAUGGCUGUGUGGAAGGACAGCGACCCAUUGUCAGAAAGGUAGUAGAGCACGGGAUGUUUGUAAAACACUGUAAAGUGGAAGUCUAUCUCCUGGAGCUCAAUCUCUGUGAGAACGACAACAUGGAUGACUUGGUGAAACGGCAUUUCAGCAAGGCAGAUACCAUAGACACAAUUGAAAAGGAUAUGAGGGCAUUGUUCAAUAUCUCUGCUGACAAAGAGAUCCGGCUGUGGAACAAGUAUAUGAGCAACACUUACGAACAGCUGAACAAGCCGGACAGCACUGUGCAGGACGCUGGGCUCUUUCAGGGACAGGUGCUCGUGAUAGAAAAAAAGAAUGAAGAUGGCACAUGGCCUAGGCAAACAAGCUACACAAAAUCCAGCACGGCCACCUCCAGGAAUUUAACUACCUCCUCGAAGCUUCCAUCCAACUCCACUGCCACCAACUCCACUGCCACCAACUCCACUGCCACCAUCUCCUCUACCAUAACAAAUGGAGACAGUAAUAACUCCAGCUACACGCUGAACAACAGCACCAGCUCCAAUAACAGGGUGGGUGGGUACAGUUCCUACGGCUCAUCAUACAGCUACCGAGAACCCCAGACACAGCCUGGCCUCUGUGGGCUCAGCAACCUGGGCAACACCUGCUUCAUGAACUCUGCUUUGCAGUGCCUGAGUAAUGCAGCCCCCCUGACAGAGUAUUUUCUCCAGGAUGAGUACGAGGCAGAGAUAAAUCGGGAUAACCCCCUGGGAAUGCGAGGCGAGAUCGCUGAAGCCUAUGCAGACCUGGUCAAGCAGAUGUGGUCUGGGCGCUGCAGCUAUGUAGCACCUAGGACUUUCAAGACCCAGGUGGGCCGCUUUGCCCCCCAGUUUUCAGGAUACCAGCAGCAGGAUUCCCAGGAGCUGCUGGCCUUUCUGCUGGACGGGCUUCAUGAGGACCUCAACCGUGUCAAAAAGAAGCCCUACUUGGCACUGAAGGAUGCUGAGGGAAGGCCAGAUGAGAUAGUGGCGAAGGAAGCCUGGACAAAUCACCGGCUUCGUAAUGACUCCAUCAUUGUGGACACCGUUCACGGACUCUUCAAGUCCACUCUAGUGUGUCCUGAGUGUGCCAUGGUCUCAGUCACCUUUGACCCUUUCUGCUACCUCACGCUGCCACUGCCCAUGAAGAAGGACCGCACCAUGGAGGUGUUCUUGGUGCGCGCAGACCCCCAGUCCAGGCCCAUGCAGUACAGGGUAGUGGUCCCCAAGCUGGGCACUGUGGCUGAUCUAUGCACCACGCUGUCGAAACUGUCUGGCGUCCUAGCUGACAACAUGGUGGUAGCAGAUGUGUACAAUCACCGGUUCCAUAAAAUCUACCGCCGUGAUGAGGGACUGAAUCACAUCAUGGACAGAGACGAUAUCUUUUUGUAUGAGGUGGAGGAGUUGGAAGGGGAGCAAGUCAGCCUGCCUAUAUACUUUAGGGAGAGGCGUAUGAAGCACACAGGCUCCUCCACAGGCACUGUCCUGUUUGGGCAACCCCUUCUCAUCUCGUUCCCCAAGCAGAACCUCACUGUGGACUUGUUGUACGAAAGGGUGCUGGAGAGAAUUGGCCGCUAUGUGAAAAGCCCGCAGGUCACAGGUUGUGAGGGGAAAGCCACUGCAGCAGCUGGCAGUAGCAGUGCAAGUGGACGGAGCAGCACUAGCAGUAGCAGCAGCAGCCCCACUAGCCAGGCUGCAGAGUCAGCAGGGUGCCCCAGCCAGGCAGCAGAGCUGGGAGUGUGUGGUUGUGAACCAGCAGAGGCACCAUCGUGCAGUGGGGGACCCACAGAGGCAGCCAGCAGCAGCAGACAACAUUCCCAGGCAGGGACCAGCAAUGGACCGAAUGGGGUGUGUGAAGGAGAAGAUGAGGAGAUGGAACACCAGGAGGUAGCCAGGCCAAACCAAGAUAUUUUCAUAGAACCUGGUAACUGCCAAUCAGAGGGCUCUGUCAGGGAAGAGGAUUGCGAGGACCCAGAAAAUGUGUCUGUCGCUGGCAUCCAAAAAACUUCAGCCAAGUCAGCUAACUGUCCGGCAAAGCUGUUCACUUUCAGUAUGGUGAACUCGUAUGGCACAGCUGACAUCAGCUCACUUACCAGCGAUAACACAGUCCUCAAACUCAACGCACAAUCCACAGUUGCGAUUGACUGGGAUUCCGAAUCUAAGAAGCUAUACUAUGACAACCAGGAGGCAGAGGCUUAUGAGAAACAUGAGAGCAUGUUGCAGCACCAGAAGAAGAAGGCGACAGUGGCCCUGAGAGACUGUAUCGAGCUCUUUACCACCAUGGAGACGCUUGGAGAACAUGACCCCUGGUAUUGCCCCACCUGCAAGAAGCACCAACAGGCCACAAAAAAAUUUGAUUUGUGGUCCCUUCCACACAUUCUGGUCGUCCAUCUGAAACGUUUCUCAUAUAACCGCUGCUGGAGAGACAAGCUGGAUACUGUGGUAGACUUCCCAGUCAGGGACUUGAACAUGUCUGAGUUUGUCUGUGACCCAAAGGCAGGGCCCUACAUAUAUGACCUCAUCGCUGUUUCCAACCACUAUGGAGGGAUGGGUGGUGGGCAUUACACCGCCUAUGCCAAGAACAAGGCUGAUGAGAAAUGGUAUUACUUUGAUGACAGUAGUGUCUCCUCUGCCUCAGAGGAUCAGAUUGUGACAAAGGCAGCAUACGUGCUGUUUUACCAGCGUCGGGAUAACGAGUCGGUCCAGAGCACGCCCUCCUCGGCCUCUGUGGGCAAAGCUCCAGAGGAGGGGGAAGACAGAAUGGACACCAACUGAAGGGGCCAGGGACCCAGGGACGUGAACUGCUGCAAAGACAAACACCCUCGCGCGCACACACAUGCAUACUCGCAUACAUACAUACAUACAUACAGACUCUGUACUGAGUCAACACACAUGUAAUACAGGUUACCCAGAUGUAUAAAUGACCUGCAUCUUUACCCAUGUUUAACUAUCUAUAAAUGUAGAUAUGCACAUAUUUUCAUUUGUAAACAAUUCUAAGAUAAACUCAUUUUUAAAUUGUUGUCAAAUUUACAUAUCACAUUUCUAGAGCCACACUGCCAAUCCAUGUUAGUCUUGCUCUGGGGAUGUGAUUUUACAUUUAAAAGAAAAAAAGAAAAAACAUUAAACACACACACACACACACAGGGACAAUUGCUUGAGAACCUGGCCGCUGCAGGAAUGUGGAGGCAGAUGCAUCUUGUGAAGGAUGUGACUUCAAAGCGCUUCCAUUUGGUUUUGGGGCUGUCUUGAAAUUAAUCAGUCUGGGGUGGCUCUGAUUUUGGCACCUCCAAGCACUUGAAUGCAGUCCCUUGGGCUCUGUGAAAUCUCUUCAAAACAAAACGUGCUGCUCGAUCUAUCUACCACAGAAGCACCAGCUGCCUUUUAAUAAGAAGAACUUUAAGUACAGGAACAAUGCUGUAAUUAUCAAAUCACAUUUUUUAGGAUUUUCCUUUUUUGGGGGCGGGCGGGGGGGGGGGUCUUGGUAUCUAACCAGCUUAUCGGGUGUAAAAAUAAAAAUAUGUAAUAGGUGCCCAACUAUAACUAAUCCAAAGCAGUGAUGUUAACAGACGGUGGACAUUUGGCCCUAGGCUACGUGGUCAGUUACAGAUAUGCCUAGGUGGUUAACUACAACCAUUUCUAGAUGGCCAGUAACACUUCCAGUAUUGAAAACCAUCACAUUUUGGUUUCUGAAUAAUUCUGUGGUUAUCUACCAACUAGGAGUGGCAAGGAUUUUAAACCAAUGUUUUAGACUGCCCCUUUCCUGUUCUGCACUGCACUGGAUGAUCUCUUGUGGAUAUUGGGGGAGAAACUUAAUUCUGUUUUUUUUUAUUUAUUUAUUUUGUUUUUAAAGCCUGAGAACCAUCCAUUUUUGAUGGAUGUUGCUGUUGAAAAUUAAAAAAAAAAAUGUAGGAGGCAGCAUUGUUGACAGCAUUGCACUGAGUCAGAAGGGUAUGUGCACAUUAUUACAACACUUGAAGAUGACUGUGUUUGUCUACAAAAGCUGCACAGUACACAAUAAAACACCUGUGCUUCUGUCUUUUACUGUAAAGGUAAAUAGAUAUGCACUUAUCUAAGUUAAUUGUGUGUGUUAGCAUGUAGGUAGAAAUGUUUGGUGCACAUCCUUUUGUGUUCAGAAACACGAGUUUCCAACUGCAGAUAUGUAAUAUCAGUGAACUGUCUGGCAGCAAGCUGCUCUGGGGCUUUUGAGGACACUUAAAAUAAAAUGUAAAAAUGCAUUCAUUAUGGGUCAGGGAGAUCAAGGCUUCUUUGGGAACAGGCUGUUUCUGGACACUGAUAGCUGCUGUCCUGCCAAGAUAUCUUUGGCUGUCUCUUAGUUUAGACGUGUUUAUGUCCUGGAAAAGUCUCGGUUUGUCUGAAUUCUCAACAGCUACCCUUGUGAUGCUUUAACUCCCACUUCCUAACUAACGUUCAUUGCUUCGAGAAACAAAGGUGUCAAAGCCUUUACUCUACUAUGCAAUACAAUUAGGCCUACCAACUUCAGAGAUGCAGUAACAUAAGUUAUCUUUUAUUUUUGAUUAAAAACAGUGUAGAACUCCAACUUGCUUAGACCUUACCGUGUAGGGUCUAUACUAGAAGUUUAGAUCUCACAUCUGUAAGGGCAGUUGUAUAAUAUGUAUGAUUGUCUUGUGGACCAUGCUUAUACAGAGUGGAACUCUGAUGGAUGGCCCUAGUUUAAGACUAGUAUCUUGCAGUGUGUCUCUUAAGGUGAGAGACCCUGCUCCUAAUAAUAUAAAGCAGUUGCAUAUAAUCUGUAAUUAAGGUUAGUUGCCCUGGUUCCCUAUUCAAAUACUGUUCUGUUUUAUUUUUACCCCCCCCCCCCAAAUCUUGAUUAGCAACCACAUGCCAGGAUUGAAUCCAAAGUAUUAUCCCAGUGUAAUGGUGCCUUCUGUUACGAUGACAGCAUUUCGUUAAUAGUGGUUAUCAAAAGGUGGGUUUUGCUUAAAACCUUUCCAUCCACAAAAUAGAAUCACUAUUUAUUUUUUUCCCACACCAAGAAACAGGUCAUUGAGCUCCUUGGCUAUGACACCCAACAGAAUCCCAACAGUACUUUUCUGCAGUACUUUUGAAGACUGACCUGUUUCUGGUGUCUCAUUGCAUGAGAAACCUAUUGAGAAUCUUAAGGUUUAAGCUUUACGUAAUUAAAAUUAUAAAAAAAAAAAAAAAAUGAGUGUGGCACUGGUUUAUUUGUAAUGUUGUUUUGGGGCUAUUGUUAAGGGGUGAGGGUUGUUUUGUAUACUAUAAUUCACAGAAAACCAGGGGUCCAGUAGUUUUGGUUGUUCUCAUUUGCUGUCUCUUUGUGCUUUUGUGGAAUGUGUCCAAUACAUCUUGAAGGUGGUUGUUUCUGUUUUAAAGCCAUUUCAAAAUGGAGUAAUAAAAAAAAAAGUCCUUGGAUGUUUACACGAUCAAUAAGUAACACCAUCCAUAAACAAUUGGGAUUGUUUUCAACAGUGACUAAAUGUUUGAGCUAAUGUUUUCUUAUUUAGGGGUGCCAGAAUACUGCUGGGCUACCUUAGAAAAGAGAAUCUGCCCCAAUCCAUUCUUUACAGUUUAAAUAUACAAGACAAGCCCCAGUUUUGAUUAUUGCUGUUUUUAUAAGAAACGAAUGUAUUAUUCAGCUCUUUAGACUUUUUCCUGUUAACAGCCCUGUUUAAUAUUGAAUAUAUGAGCCCUCUCUCGCUCUGACACAAACUCUCCCUGUGAUGGACUUUUAAAAUCCGGUCUAAUUAUUGCAGUCCCAGAUAAGGGGCUAAAAAAAGAAUACCGUUAUGGACUGGCAGAAUUUUUUAAUUGUAAAUCCUGAAUGCCUAAUUUGCCAAAUUGACCCCAAACCCUUGAUUUACUGUUGUCAGGCUUGCACAGCAAUGCGAACUACAAUGUGAGGUGUCCUGGACCCCUGCAGAUAAUAUAUUGUACAUAUAUAACAGAAAACUUAGAAACCUGUGUAUAGAUAAAUGGGGUUAUUGUACCAUUUUCAAGGCAAGAUGUUGCUGAUGUGUAUGUACUAUAGAAUUAAAAACCUAGGGUUUUUUUUUUUUUUGUUGCUGACUGGCACUUUAUAAUAUAAGUAGCUGGUUUUAUUAAAAUAAAGCUGUAUUAAAAAGGAAGAAAAUG